GGAAAUGAGCCCAGGUGUGAACAAUCACCAGGAGAAGCAGCAACAUUACAGCAGAUGAAGCAGGACUGCAGAUGCAGACACAUUUCAGGUAAUACAUUUCACAAAGUUUAAACAGCAGGAAUGAAGAUACAGAGGGGCCAAAUCUGAGAACAAAACCUGAAGUGAGUUUUGGCUUUUGCUCCAGACUUUCUCUGCUCACUCCAUCACAAGUAUUUCAGAACAUUAAUUGGGCAUUUAUCUUGCAGACUCACUCUGAACUGUCCAACAGAUCAGCAGUGACAGUCGGAGGAGAAGAAUCCCAGCUUUAGUUCAAGUGCAUCUGGAAGGAGUAUCAGGUGGCCUUUCUCCUGUGGAAUUUCCAUGCUUUAUUCCAUUAAAGCAUAUUGAUAUGUGGGCAUAAACAAUGAGUGGAGAAAGCAAACUAUUUGGAGUCACUGUGGACGGCUCCGGGCCGGAAAUCUCUGCUAAAGGAAAUGCAGAAGGAAAUCUUGCUGCAAAAGCUGACUUGCAAGCAGAAAAUAAAAUUGUUGCUGCCACUAUAAACCUCAAAGACCUUGCUGAAGACGAUGUGCACAAGAUCCUGAAGGUCCUCAAGCCCUAUGAAAGCAACAUCAAGGUUCUGACCAACAAGGACUUGAGUGCCUCUGCUGACCUGGGUGCAUUGGGGUUGGGUCUGAAAAACUCUGCUGGGGUGUUGCUUGAUAAGGAUCUUUCACUUGACACAUCAGCUAAAGCACCAAAUUUGUCUCUUGAUGGCCUAACAGGAAAGCUGAAUGGUGGGACUGGGGGUGAAUUAAAUGUCCCCACUUUCAAUGGAGCCCUUCCAAACCUCAGCCUGAAAACCCCAUCUGCUGAUGGUGGCGCUUCAGUCACUGUUCCCUCUGCAGACCUAAAGGGGCCAGAUCUAAAAGCAGAUCUAGGAGGUAAUCUCAGUGCACCCAGCGUCAGUGUCAAUGCUCCCAAAAUAAAUGCACCAAAAGCAGCACUCAAUGUUAAAGCGCCAAAUUUACAGACAGAAGCCAUAAACGCCAAGGCCCCACAAUUUAAAAUGCCAAAGUUCGAUCUCCCUCAGUUUGACCUGCCAGAAGCAGACUUGAACACUAAUCUAGAUCUCCCUACCGUCAGUGCAAAUGUAAAAACACCAAAUCUCAACAUGUCUGCUCCAGAUGUGGACGUCAAAAGUCCUGAUUUGAAUCUGAAUGGGCCAAAGGUUGAUGUGACAGGUCCUAAUGUAAAUGUAGAAGCCCCAAAUGCUGACAUGAAAACACCCGGAGGAAAAAUUAAUUGGCCACAUUUGAAAUGGAAAACUCAGAAGGUUAAAGGACCAGACUGUGACAUUAAUGCUGACCUUUCAGCACCUGAUGUCAGUCUUUCUGGACCAAAGGUAAACGGGGAACUAGGUGCACCAGAUGUUGACAUUAACUUGCCAAAAGCUGACAUCAAAGGGCCAGAUGUAGAUCUUCAAACCCCCAAUCUCGAUGUAGAGUCUCCAUCUGGCAAAAUCAACUGGCCCCAUUUGAAAUGGAAGAAACCAAAGCUCCACGGCUCCACUCCUGAUCUUCACAUGGACGCGGAUGUCAAUGCACCAAAUGUUGAUGUUUCUGUCCCAAAAGUAGAAGGUAAAAUCAACACUCCAGAUGCCGACAUUACCUUGCCAAAUGCAGAAAUCAAAGGUGCUGAUUUGGAGUUGGAAGCCCCCAAUAUCAAUGCAGAAGCUCCUUCUGGGAAAAUCAACUGGCCUCAUUUGAAAUGGAAGAAGCCAAAACUUCAUAGCCCAAAAGGAAGCUUUGAUGUGAAUGGAGAUCUUGAUGCACCAGAGCUAAACCUCACAGCUCCAAAGGUGGAAGGUGAUGUUGAGUUGCCCAACGCUGAGCUGAAUCUACCUAAUGCUGAGCUCAAGACUCCUGAUUUGGAUGUUAAUGGACCUGAUCUUGAGGUUAAUGGCCCCUCUGGAAAAAUAAACUGGCCUCAUACAAAGUGGAAAAAACCCAAACUGCAUGGACCAAAAGUUGAAGUGGAUCCAAAUUUGACCGCACCAGACGUUGACCUGUCAGGCCCAAAAAUUGAAGGAGAAGUAAACGUUCCUGAUGUUGAUGUCAAAAUACCAGAGGCUGAAAUUGGUGCACCAAAAGUUGAUGUGGAGGCUCCUUCUGGUAAACUGAAAUGGUUUACUUUAAAGAAACCCAAGACUGGCACACUUAAAGGCCCCAAACUUGACAUUGAUGCAGAUGUGAAAGUUCCUGAUGUGGACGUCCAAGGACCUGAUGUGGACUUGAAAGCACCAGAUGUAAAUCUUUCUGCACCAAAAGUUAAAGGUGAAGUUGAGGUUCCAAACGUCAAAAUGAAUAUGCCGAAUGCUGACAUCAAAAGUCCAGAUGUGGACCUUAAAGGUCCAGAUGUAAACAUUGAGCCCCCUGAUGCUAAAAUCAAGUCACCCAAAUUUAGAUUUCCAAAAUUGAAGAGUAAAAAAAUUAGUGCUCCUGACCUGGAUGUUGAUGCAACAGCACCAGAAAUUAGUGCCAAUGUUGACUUGCCAAAAGCAGACAUAAAUGCACCAAAUGUGGAUCUAAAAACCCCAGACCUCUCUUUGUCUGGCCCCAAAAUUAAAGCUUCUUCAGAUAUUGACGUUGCCCUACCAAAAGCUGACCUCAAAGGCCCUGAUGUUGACAUUCAGGCACCUGAAGUUGAAACUGGAAAAAUCAAGUUUCCUAAAUUAAAAUUUCCAAAGAUUGGUGGCUCUGGACCAAAGGUGACAGCACCAGAAGUUGAUGCCAAUAUCGCAACACCUGAUUUUGACCUGUCCCUGCCUAGAGCUGAUGUGAAUGCAAAACUUCCAGAAGCAAGUAUAACCGGUCCUGAUGUGAAUGCCAAAGUGGACCUACCCAAAGCAGAUAUAAAUGCACCCAAAGUGGACUUGAAAACCCCUGAUGUCUCCCUUACUGCUCCAAAAAUAAAAGGUGAUGUUGGUGCUCCAGAUAUUGACCUUAAAGGCCCUGAUGUUGACGUUAAAGCUCCUGAAGUUGAAACUGGAAAAACCAAGUUUUCAAAAUUCAAAUUACCAAAGUUUGGUGGCUCUGGACCAAAGGUGAAGGGACCAGAAGUCGAUGCCAAUAUCACAACACCUGAUCUUGACCUGUCCCUUGGUGAUGUGACUGCAGAACUUCCAGAAGCAAGUAUAACCGGUCCUGAUGUGAAUGCCAAAGUGGACCUACCCAAAGCAGAUAUAAAUGCACCUAAAGUGGACUUGAAAACCCCUGAUGUCUCCCUUACUGCUCCAAAAAUAAAAGGGAAUGUUAGUGCUCCAGACAUUGACCUUAAAGGCCCUGAUGUUGACGUUAAAGCUCCUGAAGUUGAAACUGGAAAAACCAAGUUUCCAAAAUUCAAAUUUCCAAAGUUUGGUGGCUCUGGACCAAGGGUGAAGGCACCAGAAGUUGAUGCCAAUGUCACAACUCCUGAUCUUGACCUGUCUCUUGCUGAUGUGAAUGCAAAACUUCCAGAAGCAAGUAUAACCUGUCCUGAUGUGAAUGCCAAAGUGGACCUACCCAAAGCAGAUAUAAAUGCACCAAAUGUAGAUCUAAAAGCCCCAGACCUCUCUCUGUCUGCCCCCAAAAUGAAAGCUUCAGAUAUUGAUGUUACCCCACCAAAAGCUGACCUUAACGGCCCUAAGGUUGACAUUAAAGCCCCUGAAGCUGAUAUGGGAAAAAUCAAGCUUCCUAAAAUAAAUUUACCAAAGUUUGGUGGCUCUGGACCAAAGGUGACAGCGCCAGAAGUUAAUGCCAAUAUCACAACACCUGAUCUUGACUUGUCCCUGCCUAGAGCUGAUGCAAAGCUCCCUGAAGCAAACUUUACAGCACCUGAUGUGAGUUUCACAACUCCAAACUUGAACUUUUCACCUCCACAAAUCAAAGGAGAAGUCAGUCAGCCAGACCUAAAUGUGGGUGCUGAUCUCAAAGGAGGUCCGACUCUGAGCACACCUGCCUUGGAUCUCAAAAGUGCCGACCUUAACCUGAAAGCACCCAAUCUCGACGUGUCUUCACCGGACAUUUCUGGGAAUCUCUCAGCACCAAGCAUAGAUGCUAAAAUGCCGAAAAAGGAACUGAAAGCUCCUGAUGUCACAGUGAAAUCUCCAAAUGCCGACAUUAGUCUGCCCAAAGCCGACAUUAAAGGACCUGAUGCACAUUUGAAAGAGCCAGAGGUUGAAGUAGAUGCUACUCUCGGGGACUUUAAACUGCCUCAUUUCAACCAUCCAUAUAUUGAUCUUUCAAUUCCCAGUGUCCUUGCAUCAGGCGAUGCUAAACUGGAAGCACCCAAGGUCAGUAUAGAAACUCCUAACACUUCUGAUCCUGCACUUGAGUUGAGCGCACCAAAGUUGGAGGGAGCCAAGGUGGACACAGAAGUUCCAAAUGUAGAUGUCAGUGUUGAGAAAUCAAAAACACCCCUUUUCAGCCUUUCAAAGUUGAACCUUUUUGGUUCAAAAUCAAAAUCUCCAGAAGUUGAUGCCAGUGCAGACCUUGGAAAGGAAGAUGCACACCUUGAAACUGAGGAUUCAAAUGCUGAGAUUCCAAUGUUCAGACCUCACAAGUUGCCAAAAAAUACCAUUGGUUCCAUUGGAGAAAUGUUUCAAUCGACCCUAUUUAAAGCUGACGCAGAUGAAAAGGAAUAUGUUGUCAGCAAAGGCGUUAAACUGCCAAUAAUUAAUGCAACAGCAAAACCUGGAGAAAAUAUUAGCGUCAUGGACAUGCUGAAAUCGUCAAAGGAGAAACGCAAUGCAUCACCAAGCGAUGGGAAAACCGAUGCUGAUCUGAAUAUUACCGCCCCAAGUCUUGACAUUAAAGCUUCAACAGAGACAAAGGAUGCCCCUCUGGUGAGAGGAGCUACUUUCAAAGUGGAAAAACCAGAAUCUAGCCUGAAUCUAACAGCUCCAGAAAUUUUACCAGAAAAGUUCGAGCUGGGCCUCUCAAACAUGCUUGGCCUUAAUGUAAAAGAUUCAGAUGACAACUGAUGAGUGAUGGUGGCGCAGAAAAACUUGAGUCCUGUAACGCUGUACAUAGAUGUAAUUAGACCAAGUCCACAUCUUUGUCCAAGUGAAGUUAGCUACUGAUCAUCUGCAGUAUCCAGAUAGUGUAAUAACUGCUGAAUGGACAACUUUUUUUUAUAGGCUAUGUGAAUAAUCCUGUUAUUUAUACAAGCUUCUUUUCUAAGCAAUUGCUGAUUUUACUUAUGAAAUAUACGGAUAUGAUAAGAAAUAAGCUCCCUUAGUACAAUGCCUUUCUUUUAACAUUUUAAUAAGUAAAUUGUAAGAGUGAACAUUUGUGAAAUUAUUCAAUAAAUCAGUUUAAUUCUGA